GAGCAGCGGCGCUCGGUGUUUCCGCUGGCGGAGAGCUGAGGGCUGUCUGCUUCCUCGUGGUUCCCGCGUGGGUUACGAGUCCAGACCGCGGCGGGGGCCAACGGCCCCUCCCCUCCGAGGAUAGAAGAUGAGCUUCCUCUUCAGCAGCCGCUCUUCCAAAACGUUCAAACCAAAGAAGAAUAUCCCUGAGGGCUCUCAUCAGUAUGAACUCUUAAAACAUGCAGAAGCAACUCUGGGAAGUGGGAAUCUGAGACAAGCUGUUAUGUUACCAGAGGGAGAGGACCUCAAUGAAUGGAUUGCUGUUAACACUGUGGAUUUCUUCAACCAGAUCAACAUGUUAUAUGGGACUAUUACAGAAUUCUGCACUGAAGCAAGCUGUCCAGUCAUGUCUGCAGGUCCAAGAUAUGAAUAUCAUUGGGCAGAUGGUACCAAUAUUAAAAAGCCAAUCAAAUGUCCUGCUCCAAAAUACAUUGACUAUUUGAUGACUUGGGUUCAGGAUCAGCUUGAUGAUGAAACUCUUUUUCCUUCCAAGAUUGGUGUCCCGUUUCCCAAAAACUUUAUGUCUGUGGCGAAGACCAUUCUAAAGCGUCUGUUCCGGGUUUAUGCCCAUAUUUAUCACCAGCACUUUGAUUCUGUGAUGCAGCUGCAAGAGGAGGCCCACCUCAACACCUCCUUUAAGCACUUUAUCUUCUUUGUUCAGGAGUUUAAUCUGAUUGAUAGGCGUGAGUUGGCACCUCUUCAGGAAUUAAUUGAGAAGCUUGGAUCGAAAGACAGAUAAAUGUUUCUUCUAGAACACAGUUACCCUCUUGCUUCAUCUGCUAGAACUCUCUCAUUGCUCUCUGUUAUAGACUAGUGAUACAGACUUUAAAAGAACAGGAUUAAAAAGACACCUGUUGUUUGUGUCUACUGAUAAAAUUGUCCCAAAGGUACAUUGGCCUAAUCCUUCAGUGAGAAAUUCAAGACACAGCUGAAUCUGAGGCACUGUGUGACCACCCCUGUUAUUGUCAGAGUCAUACUUGGUUGUAAUAUGUGAUGACUAACAUAAAGUCUAUUAGUUUACUUACGCUUUUACUGAAGAAAAUGUGCUUCGGGUAGCAGCAUAAUGACUAUUGAGAAUUCCCACCAAUAAUUUAUUAACAGGUUUCCAGAGCAAAUUACCUAAUAAUGCAUUCAGAUCUGUUUUAUUCUGCUUUUAUUUACACAUAGAAGAGAUAUUUUUAAGUUUCCUUAAGAUUUAGAACAUUUGUGUGUUACUUUGGAUAACCUUUUAGUUUGAAGUUUGUAUGCUAGUGUUUUUAUAGAUAAGAAUAUAUAUAUAUAUAUGUUUAUUUUUUCAAAAUUCAUGACUGCAUUUUAAAUCCUCAUAUGACCUGUGUGGUUGGUAUGGGAGUAACCAGAGUUAUUUCUAAAAUGACUUUAUUUUUUAAUCUUCAUUUGGGAUUUUAUUCACAUAAACCUAUCUAAAUUUUUAGGAGUGUGUAUAUCACAAAUAAUUUUCUUAAGGCAUGUAAGGGUAGUCUUUUACAUUUUUAUUUUGAAAUGCUUCAUUCAUAUUAAUUUGAAUAGGUAGCUUUUGGCUGAGAAAAAGACUGCAAAAAAUUAUAACAAAUUUAGGUCUCAGAACCACUAUUUUCAUUCAUGUUGUUUUUCAGAGGCCUUGAAAUUCUGGAUAGGAGAAUGGAAGAAAGUACUCAGAGUACUUGAUUAUUUUCUUUUGAGUGUCCUUUAAAAAAAGAAAAAGAAUUACUUCUA